CUAUCGUUACGAAUUACAAAACACGCUGUCUAGCCGGGCAGCAUAUUACUAUUUUAUAUACAUAUAUUACGAAAUCAAGAGUUGCAGUUGAAUUAAAGCCAUAACUAACAAAAAUGAUACAACAACAGCGCCAACGUGUUGAGUCGGCUGUAACCGAACUCAUUGAUGACAUGGACAAGACGCACUUACGCAAAAUGCAGACGGAUAUGCAUUUGUGUGCGGCAAAGUGUUGCCAGGACGGCACUUCAAGCGUGGACAGCGUGCAGCGUUGUGUCGAUCGCUGCUCGGCGCCCAUGACUAGGGCACAAAACUAUGUGCAACACGAAUUGGGCGAAUUUCAGGGUCGACUUCAACGUUGCGUCAUGCAAUGCAACGAUGAUGUUAAAGUGAAAAUGCCAGCAAACCCAAAUGAAGAUCAAAUAGCCAAAUACACGGAUCAAUUCGAAAGAUGCGCCAUACAAUGUGUCGACAAGCAUGUCGGCCUAAUACCCAAUCUAAUGAAGACCAUGAAAUCGGUUCUAGCCAAAGGGCCCGAGUCCAUACCGCAAAUAAACAAAAAAAUGGACCAACAGAAGCGACGUCUGGAGGGCGCCAUUAGCGAUAUGAUCGAGGACAUGUAUCGCUCGCACCUGCGUCGCAUGCAGUCAAUAAUGCAUCGCUGCGCGGCUAGCUGCUGCGAUGACGAACGCGGCACCUUGGACAGCGUGCAACGUUGCAUUGAGAAAUGCGCCUCGCCCCUCAUGGAUGCCCAGGACUACUUGCAGAACGAGCUGGGACAGUUCCAAAGCCAUUUACAAGGCUGUGUCAAGGAGUGCAACAGCGAUGCUCGCUCGAAACUGCCAAACAAUCCCAACGAGCAUGACCUGUCGCGAUCGAGACACCUGUUUGAGGUGUGCACAGGUAACUGUGUGGACAAGCAUAUCAACCUAUUGCCGGGUCUGAUGAAGAACAUACAGAAGACCCUCGACAGAGGCGUGCCCAAGAGAUCGCAUUUGCGUGAUCAGAAGAACAUUGAUGCUUAAGACAGAAAGGACAAUGAUCAAUGAUCAAUGAUCAAUGAUCUGUGAUCAAUGAUCGACGAUCAGUGAUCAGCAGCGUUUUUGAUACGAUACGAAGUUAAUAAACCUAUAACUUUCUUUCCGACAGGAAACUUAUGCUUUAAAGAUCAAAAUCGCGAUCAACGAUCAACGAUCAACGAGCGAUCAUUCGAAUCGUAGUUAAGAAACCUACACGAUGUUUUAUUUGUAACUAUUUUCUGGUAUUUGUAUGUGUAUGUGAAUUAAAUCGAAUCAUAAAAAGUCAA